ACCUCUCACUCUUUUAAAUUGAUCACACGAAGGUGGAGAAAAUCGAAACGAGGAUGGGUCUUGACAGGUGGCUGGCUUUGCUGUACCCAAGAGUGCAAGGAGGAAGGAGAGAAAAGGAGUGUUGCAGUGUGUGUUUGAUGAGAAUGGAGGACGAGGAUGCGAUCAAGUCCUUGCCUUGUUCCCAUGAGUUUCAUAGUCUCUGCGUUGACACUUGGUUCGAUGUCAGCCGGAAGAUUUGCUGUCCACUCUGCCGGUUUUCACCAGCUACCAUCCUCCUCACCGAUGAACUGUUCCUCUGGUUCUCUUCUUUUCAUUUCUGAUUGUAUUCCUGCUUUUUCUGGGGAUCAAACAAAACACCCUUUUCUCCUUGUAAUGCUGCUAUAAAGUCUCUUGUAGUACUAGUUUUUUUUCUUUCCAAGGGGGAACGUAUAAGAAAGUUUGAUCCCCUUACUGUAAAAAGAUACCAAACAAAGCUGCUUCGACCAUGUUA